CUGAGGCACCGAUCGGAAGCGCCGCUCCGCCCCGCUGGACGCGGUCGCUAUGGUAACCCAGUCGCCGCUUCCACAGAGUUUACCAGCCGCUCUCAUCUCUGUUCGUUGCUAAUGAGAUUUCACAUUUAGCAGUGGCUACAUGCUCUAGAACAUGAUGAGAAGUAAAUUGUGAUUAAUACCCAGCCUCAGUUAAUAACCCAGGAGGAUUUUACAUUUUAAAUUAAGUAACAUUCUUCCUCAUUUUGAGCUGACAAUGACAGAAGAUCACAGAGCAGCGCUUUCUCGGUCUCCUUUGUCACCCUUGACUAAAGCCACGGAGGUUUCACAGCGAAGCAACCCUGAAGACACCUUCAAUGGGGAUACCGUUCACCCAAUUUACAAAUAUAUCUCGAAUGAUUUACCCAGAGAGUUUAUGUCAUCCCAGGCAAAAGCAGUUAUUAAACCUACUGAAGAUUAUUUGCAGCCUCAGUUUGGCCCCAACAGACUUUUACAUUCAGCGGCAGCAUCAGAAGGGUCAGGUCUUCAAGAUUGCUCCACACAUCAAACAGCAUCAGAUCAUAGCCAUGAUGAAAUAUCAGACCCAGAUAGCUACAAAUCAAACAGUAAAAACAAUUCUUUUUUUAUAUCAGCAUCCAAGAGAAACAGACCUGUCAGUGCUCCAGUGGGUCAAUUGAGAGUUGCAGAGUUCUCUUCUUUAAAAUUUAAGUUGGACCAGGAUUGGCAUAGAUUGUCUCAAAGAUACAAACUUCAACCCAGAGUGAUUAGAGUAACAGCUUACAAAAAUGGAUCUAGAACAGUUUUUGCCAAAGUUACUGUACCAACCAUCACCUUGUUGCUGGAGGAGUGCACGGAAAAGCUGAAUCUGAACAUGGCUGCACGACGAGUAUUCCUGGCAGACGGCACUGAAGCCCUCGAACCCGAAGACAUACCCUGUGAAGCCGAUGUUUAUGUUUCAACGGGAGAGCCCUUUUUAGAUCCAUUCAAAAAAAUUAAAGACCAUCUGUUGUUAAUGAAGAAAGUAACUUGGACAAUGAAUGGGCUGAUGCUUCCUACUGAUGUCAAAAUACGGAAAACCAAGCCUGUUCUUUCUGUAAGAAUGAAGAAACUUACUGAGAAGACCUCAGUCCGAAUUCUUUUCUUUAAGAAUGGCACGGGGCAGGAUGGGCAUGAGAUUACAGUGGGAAAGGAAACAAUGAAAAAGGUUUUAGAUAUUUGCACAAUGAGAAUGAACCUAAAUUCACCAGCCAGAUAUCUUUAUGAUUUGUAUGGCAGGAAAAUUAAAGAUAUUUCAAAAGUUCCUCUGCUUGAAAAAUGCCUGCAAAAUUCCAUCACACCUUUGCGGGGACCAGUUUGGGUCUCUAAGGGAGAAGGUUUCAGCCCCUCAGGAGCUAAGAUGUACAUCCAAGGAGUUCUUUUGGCCUUGUACCAACGAUUAAAGUCCGCAAAGAAAUAUUAUAAACAGUUGAACCUGGCUGUGGAUGAACAGAAAGGGAAAAUUACCGAAAAAGUCAUUCUUUCAAUGACAGCAAAGGAACACCAUAAGGCACAAGAAGAAGUGAACAGGCUGAUUGAUGAAUUGCAGACAGCUAUCAAAAGCAACAGAGGUCAUCUCUCUAAACUUGGCCCCCAAUUACAGGCUGAGCAGGAGCAAUUCUCCUCUUAUGUCUACGAACACAUUAAAAGCCUUCCAGCAAACACUCUUAUCCCAGGAGGCCUGCAGCUCAAGAUAUUUGAAAAUGGUAAAGACACUGGAGAGAUCUCUGUUUGUAUCAGUGAAAAAGAUCUGGGGCCUAAUAGCCCAAUUCAAACUGGCUAUAUGAUGGAAAGAUUACUUUUCAAGAUUCAUCGAAGACUUCAAGGUUCUUCCAUCAACCCACCAGGCCUCAAUUUUUCUUCAAUCCGGCUUUUCGACGAGCACGGUCAAGAAAUUAAGAAUCCACUUUCGCUGAAGAAUGAGCAAAAAAUUUGGGUCUCUUAUGGUAAAGCAUACAGAUCUCCACUAAACCCUGUUUUGGGUUUGACCUUUGACCAGGUGACUGCAUUUGCCAGAGGUGGCAUUACAGUUGCAUAUAAAACCUUCUUGGAUCCUAAUGCUGUUCUACUGGGAUGUGACAAUUGGGAAGUUUGUGAGGGAUUUCCAGUUAAUUUCAACGGCACCAGUCAACAGAUACCUGAUCAAUUUGAAAAGGUGGACUUGGAGAACCAUUUCCUACAGAACAAGGUGAACCCCAAUAUUGUCCUUCAUGCCUCUGUUUCCAUCAGAAAGCGGAAUUUCUCAAGUGGUGAAGAGGGCAGUGGGACUCAGAUAGCACCAUCGACCCUGUGGCCUGCAGCCAGUGUGUGGCUGGUCACAAAGACUGGAAUGAUCCUGAGCCGAGCGAUAACUCAGGGCUGCCUAGCUAUUGGUCAUCCAGUCAGAGUCAAGGCCGCUGAGGGAACAUCACUAGAAGGAUACAAAUUAAUCCUACAGAAAAGACAUAAAGGAGAUGAUUCUCAGAAGUGGGUGUUUGGAACUGACGGUUGCAUUUAUUCUAAGGCUUAUCCUCAGUUUGUUCUGACCUACCUAGAGGAGCUAAAUGCACAAGAUGUGACCCAGACAGAGUAUCACCUUCACCAUGGUGCCUGGACCACAGCUCAUCAGGAGCAUGGCAGCAGCUUAGCAGAAGAGGUUCUGCAAAAAAGUGCCAGUAUCCCUGGUCUGAAGCAGCUGCCAGAGCCUUCAGAGACCCACUUAAUGCCAGAAGGUUCUCUUGGGGAGACAGGGGAGCUGACAGUGGCACUGGUGAAGAAACUGGAAGAGAAACAUCCUAAGGCUUCUGCUCAGAGGUGGGCCAUAAAACAUGAAGGGACUGGUAAGCCAGGCCAGUGGAAACAUUCCAGAGUUGAAAAUCCUCUCUGGAAUAAGCUUACCUACAUGUGGCCAGUCCUUCCCAGUGGCCAACUUAAUGAGGAGUUUGAUUGGCCAAUAGAAGGGCUGCUUCUUCCAAACAGUCCUCCCAUGAAGAAACCCAUCUCUAAGACACUGGAGCAAUAUGUCCCUGUGAGACUCAGAGUUUUGCGGAAUGGAGACAAGAACAAAACCAAAGCCCUUAUUAUAAUCAGUCCAGACAUCUCACCUAGGUGGAAAACGCAGUGCACUGAAAUUUUAAAUUUACCUUCUGCAGCUCGGAGAUUGUUCAGUGAAAAGGGGAAGGAAAUCUUUGCCCUAAAAGACCUUCAAAGAGAUGAACUGGUGUAUGUUUCAUGUGGAGAACAUUGGAUCAAUCCUGAUCUGUCCAUUGCUCAGCAGAAGAAGCAAAUCUUCCUGAGGAACUUAGCAUCAGAUAUUUCUAAAAUUCAAACUUUCUGCAGUACACGUAAGAUAGAGGCUCUUGUUUUAGAAGUCCAAAGUGACAUUGUGUUGGGAGCCAAGCUUGCUGUGCGGAAACCAAUUUUUGGAGAAGAGAAGCAAAUUUUAGAACCAGAGGAAAAGCAAGUGCAAAAAAAUGCUUUAACAUCGGGAAAUGCUUCCAGUGAAAUUCUAGAUUCACAUGCAAGAGCCCAUCUCCGAAUGAAGGCUUGUCACACACUUCUCAGGUAUGCCUGGCAGGAAACUUCUCAUAACUUUGAUGAAGAUGACAGUCUUCCAAAGAAAAUGGAAGAAGAGCUCUUUGAAAAUGUGGAACCAGAGAAGAAAUACAGCCAUUCUCCAAAACAGAGUAAAUUGCAGAAGGUUUGCCACCAGCAGUUUGAAUACAGAGAUGGGCAAAUUAUAAGCUAUGCUUCUCCUCAGCUAGUCUUGGGGGUGCAAGGCCCCAACCUGCGUUCAGGCAUGGAAGUUGUUUUGGUGGAGAAAAAAGCAGAUGAUGGUCAUCAACACUGGAGGCACAAGGAAGACAGCAGGACCUUUCACCUGGUGAGUAACCCAGACCUGGUGCUGGCAGUGUCUAUGACCAAGGCUGGAGAUGAAGUCUGUGGCUAUCCGGUUAUUGCUCAGAAAUACAAACCACAUAACAAUGGGACUUCUAAUCAAAAGUGGAAUUACAUGAAAAAUAUGAAAGCUUUUAUGGCCUUUCAUAGCACUACACUGGAUAAGGAAGUCACAGCAGCAAAUUAUGCUGGUAUUUGUACAUCCUCUGUGAUUAAAGAAAAACACAUUGAUCAACCAGGAUACUAUUAUCUCUCACCCAGUGGAAAGAAAAAAACAAUGCUCUGUUUGGCAUGUGGGCAGUCCAUGAGAGCAGAGAAGAGACUGAAACAGUUGCUUCCAGGGCUGCCAUUCCUCUGUGCCUCAGGCUCCGAGACCCAGAAGCCCUUCUCACAAGGACCUUUCAAGGUCAUCGAUGUGGCCAGAGCUGAUUUAUCUUCUUAUGAGGCUGAAAACACUUUAAGUUAUUAUGAAGAACGUCUGUUAUCUUUACGGAUGAAGACCUGCACGCAAGUUGUAUCUCAUAGUGGCAUGGCAGUUACUCACCAGAAGGCAGUGAAAAUAAUUGCAUACAAAAAUGGAGAUGGAUAUCGAAAUGGGAAGUUAAUUGUGGCUGGAACAUUCCCCAUGCUGCUUGCAGAAUGCACGGAACAACUUGGUCUUGCCAGAGCAGCCUCCAAAGUAUAUACCAAAGAUGGAACCACAAUCCUUUCCUUGUGGGAUUUGGUUUUAUGGGCUCUUGAUAAAUCUUUUAUCCAGAGAGACUCUGAGGAACAAAAGGAAGAGGCAGCCCCUGUUGGAACAAAAGAGACACCUGUUAAAAGUAUGGAAGGAACUGCAAGAAUGCAAGUGAAAACCAAAUUAUUUCCAAAGUCUGUGACAUCUGAUAGUUUGAAUGAUAUAGAUAAGUCUUUGCUCACCCUCAUCCUCAGAAAUCCUAUUGCCAUCUGGGUAUCUUGUGGUGAACCAUUUCUGAGUCCCAAUGCUUUGAAGAAAGCAGAAAAAAUAGAAAAACAGAACUGGCUAAAAAAGGACAAAAUUUUGGCUGAUCUAGACACUAUGAAACACAAACUGAGACAGUUAAAAGGGCGGCGGGUAGCAGCAUGUCAGCCAGCCACCAUGGUUGCCAACAAAAGCCCUGUGCAGCCGGUGGUAGUGGAAGGAGGCUGGACUAAGCAGACUCAAGAGGAAAUUAAACUCACGGACCUUAUAAGACAUACAGAGGCACAGCUUUCUGGUCAAGAACCGCAAUCCAAGAGAAAUUCUCCAACUGCACCUAAAUGUUUAUCAUUCAAGAGGAGCAGCUUGUAUAAGCAACCCAAUGCAAAAAGAGCAUGGGUUUACCUAAAUGGCAGACCUGAAGAUGGCACUUAUGCCCGGGGCAAAACUAUUUCAGAGCUGCUGAGUGACUGCUCCUCUCGUCUCAAACUGGCCCACCCAGCCAGAACACUGUACACCCCUGACGGAGAGCCAAUUCACUCGUGGGACGACAUAGAGCGAGACAUGGUCAUCUGUGUGUCCACAGGGCAUGGCUUUAGAACCCAAAGAGAGUUAAAGCAACUGGUGGAGGUCAGAGCAAAUUAUGCCCGAAUCCAAAGGCAGCAGGGCCCUGAAGCCACAGACGCUGUGUUGUCACCAUCCACAAAGCUGCAAUCUCUGGAAAGAAAACUUUCUUCACCUACUUGGAAACAUAAGACUGUGACAGAAAGUCCAAUUUAGAUUGCUGAAGACUCUGAACUUAGGAAAAUAUGAAAGGAAUCUGUGUAGUUUAUUUAAAAAUUUAGUCCUAGAAUU